UGAUAAAGAAGAAAAUACAGCGUUUGAGACUCUUUGCUGUCUAUUUCUAGAACUAGAAUGGACUCCAUGAUCGAGUUAUGUGAUUUGAUAGCAGAAAAUCCAGCUCAAUUGGGGGAGAAAUUGGCAUGGAUAUGCGGCAGAUGUCCUCCAGCAGAAGCCCUAGGAGGAUCAUCACCUAGGGUUAGUGUUUCAAGGUCUCAACUCAAUGCUAUACUCGCCGUCGCACGAUUCCUCUCUAAAUGCCCUAAUCAUUCAUAUGAAACGCCUAAAUCAAUCGUUCUCGCUUUCUAUCGUUCAAUUCCUUCGUCUUUCAACCGGUACUUUUGGCCGCAAUCUUUUACAAACGACUCAAUUGGUUCCUUUUUCGUUGAUUUCUUUGAAUAUAUUUGUAUAGCAUGCAAAUUAUGUCCAGAAUUUUCUGCUGACGUGGCUAUAUUUACGGGAGAUAUUAUGAUCUCAGCUAUAAGCAAUGAGAAUGAGGAUUUGGGGAUUAAAAAGGCGAUUUUGAAAGCAUUUUGUUGUAAUUGUCCACCUGUUGUUCCUUCCGAUGCCAGCAAGUUAGUUUUGGGCAUGCUUGAGCAGUUUCCUAGCUCUCCGGGAUCAUCCUCUGAUAGUUCAUCUACGAGUCCGGGAUCAUCCUCUGAUAGUUCAUCUACGAGUGUGGGUGAUGGUAGAAGCAGUGCGGAUAGUGGUGAAGUUGUUGAGGAGGCUGUAGAUAGCAUUGAGAGACGAGAAAUGGCACUGAAGGUGAUAGGAAAUGUACUGGAUAAAUCCUCCAUCGAUAACAGUCUAUUGGAAAAUGUCAGAUUUAUUGUACAGCAACAAUUUCGCUCAAUGGUAGCAUUCUUAAAGAAAAGUAAGCAUGACUGGUCGGGACAAGGGCAGUCACUGAAAGUUAGGAUCAAUGCCAAGCUUUCUGCUUAUCAAGCAGCAGCCAGGUUGCAGAUUAAAAUUCUUGGAUCCCUUGAUUUGGAUGGAAAAUCAUCAAAAUGUUUGUUGCGUGGAGCUCUUGAGUUGUUGAUAGGCGCUGCAGAGGCAUGUUUAUGCUCUGCAUGGCGGAAGUUGAGAGCAUGUGAAGAACUAUUCAACUCCUUGCUUUCUGGAAUUUCCCGUGCUGCUGUUGCUCGUGAUGGUCAGAUGCUUGAAUUUCUGCUCGUUCGGUUUAAGCCUCUUGUGCUGGACACAUGUGCUCAGUCAGACACCUGGGACAGCAACGGCGGGGCCAUGUUUGAAAGCGUGUUGAAGACAAGUUGUGAGAUAAUUCAGUUUGGAUUGUACAAGAAUCAAUUUUCUGUAUAUACUUUUAUUACAAGCAUUCUUGAAAGGAAUCAUUAUAAGGAAGAGGUAGAGAAAGAAAAGCAGGCAGCUCCUUCCCUGCAGUUGAACUUUAUAAGGUUACUAGCUGAUCUCAAAUUUUCAAUUAAGAGGCCUGAAGUUGUGGAUGUGAUAUUGCCUUUCUUCAUUGAAAGUUUAGAGGAGGGUGAUGCAUCAGUACCAGGCUUAUUGAGACUCCGACUGCUUGCUGCUGUUGCUCGCCUGGCGAGUUUAGGUUUUGAGAAGUCCUACCAUGAAGCUGUUGUUCUGAUGACAAGGAGUUACUUAAGUAAGCUUGCUGCUGUUGGCUCAACUGAAAGUAAGACCACAGCUCUAGAAGCCACAACAGAACGUAUUGAGACACUCCCAACAGGAUUUCUUCUGAUUGCCAAAUCCCUGACUACUCCUAAGUUGCGUACUGACUACCGUCAUCGUUUGCUAUCCCUGUGCUCAGAUGUGGGCUUGGCUGCAGAGUCAAUAAGUGGAAAGUGUGGAGCAGAUUUUCUUGGGCCUCUCCUUCCUGCCGUGGCUGAGAUAUGCUCAGAUUCUGAUCCUACUGUUGACAUUGAACCUUCACUUUUGAAGUUGUUUAGAAACUUGUGGUUCUAUGUCGCUCUCUUUGGGUUAGCUCCUCCAUUACAGGACCAUCAUGGCAUGACAAAGUCAGUAUCAACUACUCUAAAUAGUGUUGGCAGCACUGGAGCGAUUUCCCUUCAGGCAGUGAGUGGUCCAUACAUGUGGAGUGCUGUUUGGUUCUCUGCUGUCCAACGCAUUUCUCAAGGAACCCCACCACUUGUUGUGAGCUCCAUGAAGUGGCUUGAAGAUGAGUUGGAACUAAGUGCUCUUCUUAAAGGUAGUCGGCGUGGUGGUGGCAAUGAGAAAGCUGCCGUUAGCCAAAGAACGGCUGUUUCUGCUGCUUUAAGAGGGUGUAUGGAACUUUCAGCAAUGAGGGCAAUUUCCGGUGUCAAGUCAACUUAUCUACUUGCAGUAGCAUGUUUGGAGAUAACACGGUUUAGUAGCAAUGCUGGGAUCCUCAAUGUGGGCCCUAGUUCAACAGCUUCUAGAAGUGCCUUCAGCUGUGUCUUUGAAUACUUGAAAAUUCCUGGCCUCACACCGGCUAUCUGUCAGUGCUUGACAGCCAUUGUUCACAGUGCUUUUGAAAAAGCAGUAGCAUGGCUGGAGGAUCGGGUGUCAGAGACUAGAUCAAGAGCAGACUAUAAGGAAUCUACACUGACCACCCAUGUCAGUUUUCUUGUAAGAAGUUUGUCCCAAAGGAAUGAGCAUAUACGAGAUAUCUCAGUUAACUUGUUGAAUCAUUUAAGAGAUCGUUUUCCUCAGAUUUUGUGGAACUCUUCUUGUCUAGAUUCAGUAUUAUUUUCAGUGCACAAUGAUCUGCCUUCAUCUGCAAUCGAUGAUUUUGCUUGCAUUGCUACUAUUCGCUCCUUGUACCAAAGGACUGUUCGCGAAUGGAUGAUUCUUUCACUUUCACAGGCUCCUUGUACUAGUCAGGGGCUUCUUCAGGAAAAACUUUGUAAAGCAAACGCUUGGCAAAAAUCGCAGCCUACAGCAGAAGUUGUUUCUCUCUUAUCUGAAAUAAAAAUUGGUACUGGUAAAAAUGACCAUUGGACCGGAACAAAAACAGCAAAUAUUCCUGCUGUUAUGGCUGCAGCAGCUGCAGCAUCUGGAGCAAAAUUAAAUUUGAGGGAGUCAUUUAAUUUCGAGGUGCUCAGUACUUGUAUGAUCAGUGCAACUGCGAAGUCUAAUCAUGCUGGGGAAAUAGCUGGAAUGAGAAGUUUAUAUGGGAGUUUUGGUAGCCUUGAUCCCCCAGCUUCAGGUCCUGGUGAUAUGGUGGAACAUUUGCAGCCAAAAACUGGGUCCUUUUCUGAGGUUUUACUUAAAAAGUUUGUCCGACGGCUCCAGGAAUUUAUUAAUGAUUCAGAAAGAGGGAGAGAAGUAGAUAAAUCAUCAUUCCAUGAAACUUGUUCUCAAGCAACUGCUCUUUUACUCUCUGAUCUGGGAUCAGAUUCUAAAUCAAAUGUAGAAAGCUUUUCAAAACUUUUACGUCUUCUUUGCUGGAGCCCAGCUCAUAUAUUGACAUCCAAUGCCAUGGAGACUGGUGUAUUUAUUUGGACAUGGUUGGUUUCAGCUGCUCCUCAAUUGUGUUCUCUAGUACUUGCUGAGCUUGUUGAUGCAUGGUUGUCUACAGUCGACACAAAGCGAGGUCUUUUUGCAUCUGAAGUUAGGUGUUGUGGACCUGGUGCUAAGUUAAGGCCUCACCUGGGACCUGGGGAGCCAGAAGCCCCGCCUGAAAAGGAUCCUGUUGAACAAAUAAUGGCCCAUAGACUAUGGCUUGGGUUCUUUAUUGAUCGUUUUGAGAUGAUUAUCAGUGUCGUUCAACAUGAUAGUGUUUCACAGCUUUUACUUUUAGGGCGGUUGUUGCGAGGAACUAUCAAACUACCUUGGAAUUUUUCUUCCCACCCAGCUGCUACUGGCACAUUUAUCACCCUCAUGCUUCUUGGAUUGAAGUUUUGCUCGUGCAAGUUACAGGGUAGUUUGCAAAACGUCAUGGCUGGGUUUCAGCUUCUAGAAGACAGAAUAUAUCGGGCUUCAUUGGGGUGGUUUGCUCACCAACCUGAGUGGUAUGACAUGAAUAAGAGCUUUGCGCUGAGUGAAGUGCAGUCUGUAUCUAUGUUUGUCCAUCAUCUUUUGAAUGAGCAGUUAGAUAGUUCCCAACUUGAUUUCAAAGGGCGGGCACUCGUAAAUGGAAUCUCUUUGAAUGAUGUGAAAAAUCAACACCAUCCUGUUUGGGGCCAAAUGGAGGGCUAUGCUGUUGGGAGGGAGAAGCGGAAGCAGUUGCUUCUGAUGUUAUGCCAGCAUGAAGCUGACAGGCUUAAUGUCUGGGCACAACCUACUGCCAAUAUCAGGGAAAGCACUUCACGUCUUAAAAUCAGCUCUGAGAAAUGGGUCGAUUUUGCUCGAACUGCCUUUUCUGUAGAUCCUCGUAUAGCUUUUUGUCUUGCUGCAAGGUUUCCUACAAAUAAUCAUCUGAAGGCUGAAGUAACGCAAUUGGUGCAAUUGCAUAUAUUGGAGAUACGUCACAUACCUGAAGCAUUGUCAUACUUUGUUACACCUAAAGCCACUGAUGAAAAUUCAACUCUUUUACAACAAUUGCCACACUGGGCUGCUUGUUCAAUUACACAGGCGCUAGAGUUCCUCACACCAGCAUACAAGGGUCAUCCACGCGUAAUGGCUUAUGUUCUAAGGGUGUUGGAGUCCUAUCCUCCUCAAAGAGUAACUUUCUUCAUGCCCCAAUUGGUGCAGGCCCUGAGAUAUGAUGGCGAGAAAUUAGUAGAAGGAUACUUGCUCAGAGCUACUCAAAGGAGUCACAUAUUUGCCCAUAUUCUAAUAUGGAAUCUGCAGGGCGAGACUUGUGAGCCGGAGUCAGGAAAAGAUUCUUCUGCAACGCAUGCUGCAUUUUUGGCCCUACUUCCUCUUGUGAGGCAACGGAUAAUUGACGGGUUCAGCGAAAAGGCUCGUGAUGUUUUUCAGAGAGAGUUUGAUUUCUUUAACAAGGUCACAUCUAUAUCUGGUGCACUCUAUCAACUUCCCAAGGAGGAACGAAGAGCUGGCAUUCGUAGGGAGUUGGAGAAAAUUGAGAUGCAAGGAGAUGAUCUCUAUCUACCUACUGCUCCUAAUAAAAUCGUGAAAGGGAUUCAGGUUGAUAGUGGAAUUCCCUUGCAAUCCGCUGCCAAGGUUCCUAUUAUGAUCACAUUUAACGUGGCAGAUCGAGAUGGGGAUCAAAAUGACAUAAAACCCCAAGCCUGUAUAUUCAAGGUUGGAGAUGAUUGUAGGCAAGAUGUUCUUGCUUUACAAGUCAUUUCACUUUUGAAAGAUAUCUUUGAAGCUGUUGGGCUUAAUCUUUAUUUAUAUCCAUAUGGAGUUCUCCCAACUGGCCCAGAAAGAGGAAUAAUUGAGGUUGUACCCAACUCACGGAGCAGAAGUCAGAUGGGUGAGACGGCUGAUGGUGGUCUAUAUGAAAUUUUCCAACAAGACUUUGGGCCUGUUGGCUCUCCCGGUUUUGAAGCUGCUCGUGAGAACUUCAUCAUUAGCAGUGCAGGUUAUGCAGUUGCCAGCGUGUUGCUUCAACCUAAGGAUAGACAUAAUGGGAACCUUCUGAUUGACAGUGCUGGUAGGCUUGUCCACAUUGACUUUGGUUUUAUCCUGGAAAUUUCUCCCGGAAGAAAUAUGGGAUUUGAAAGUGCUCACUUCAAGCUGAGUCAUGAGAUGACCCAAUUAAUUGACCCAUCUGGAGCAAUGAAAAGUGAGACAUGGUACCAAUUUGUAAGCUUGUGUGUCAAGGGUUACCUUGCUGCACGUCGCUACAUGGAUGGGAUAAUCAGUACAGUUUCGAUGAUGGUAGAUAGCGGAUUGCCUUGCUUUAGCAGGGGUGACCCAAUAGGAAAUCUUCAGAAGAGAUUUCAUCCCGAGAUGAGUGAACGUGAAGCAGCCAAUUACAUGAUUCGUGCAUGUAGUGAUGCGUACAAUAAGUGGACGACUGCUGGAUAUGAUUUGAUUCAAUACAUGCAGCAAGGUAUCGAAAAAUGAGGGGGAGUGCUGCAGCAUUUCACAGAAACUGUAUAUUCUGGUUACUUGUAAAUCUGUGGAAACGGAAAUGUAUAUGAUCACAUUGGUGUAAUUCUUUUUGAAGGGGUAGCCACGUGAAGCUGCAAAGUGAUCUUUAGUAAAAUUGAAUGAAGAAAUACAGAGAUGAGUUGACUUGCUUGUAAAAAUUGUGUUUACUGUUUAUACACUAAUCGAGGCGUGUAAAAGCUAACUAGCGACUACUGUAGUUGAGCGUCCGGUUCUUCCCCAGACCCCGUGCAUAGCGGGAGCUUAGUGCACCAGAUUGCUUUUUUUUUUUUUUUUUAUACAUUGAUACUUG